AUUCGAAGCUAGCUCAUUGGCUCUCCUCAAACAGCAAGCUAGCUAUAGGACAAGCACGUCGUAAGUGCUUGUUGCCUAGCCCGCAGCUUAGCUGAUCCCGGCAAAUUCUCCUACACUUGACGUACGGUCCAAAUUGUUGCCGGCCGGCAAUGGUGGGGGUAACUAAGAUAACCAUGAUGCUUUGGGUACUUGGUGUGGUGUUUACAUUUGGAGCUGCUGCAGUUGGUCUGGCUGAGGCCAAUAACGUCCACAAUUUCUAUAUCAAGGAGGCUAACCACCCAAGGCUCUGCAAGAACAAGACCAUCCUCACCGUCAAUGGGCAGUUCCCCGGCCCGACCAUCACCGCUCGAAGGGGCGAUGUCGUCAUCGUCAACGUCUACAACCAAGGCAAUAAGAACAUCACCAUUCACUGGCAUGGCGUGGACCAGCCACGAAACCCGUGGUACGACGGUCCGGAGUUCAUAACACAAUGUCCCAUCCAGCCCGGCACCAACUUCACCUACCGGAUCCUCUUGUCUGACGAGGAGGGCACAAUCUGGUGGCAUGCACAUAGUGACUUCGAUCGGGCCACCGUCCACGGUGCCUUCGUCAUCCACCCCAAGCAUGGCAGCUUCUAUCCUUUCAAGAUGCCGCACAAGGAAAUACCCAUCAUCCUUGGUGAGUGGUGGAAGGCCGAUGUCACCCAUUUGCUAGAGGAGUCCAAGAGGACCGGAGGUGAGGUUAAUCUUUCAGAUGCAAACAUCAUCAAUGGCCAGCCAGGAGACUUUUUCCCAUGCUCCAAGGACAAUAUUUUCAAGCUGCCAGUGCAAACCGGCAAGACGUACUUGCUCCGGAUCAUCAACGCUGGACUCACCAACGAUCUCUUCUACGGCAUCGCUGGGCACCUUCUCACCAUUGUCGGUACCGACGGCCGCUACACAAAGCCGUUCACCGUCAAGCAUAUCAUGAUCUCACCUGGACAGACCAUGGAUGCGCUACUUGAGGCCGACCGUGCUAUCAAUGGUUCAUCCAACGGGCGAUACUACAUGGCUGCACGGACGUUUGCAUCCAACACCGCUCUUGACUUCAACAACAGCACCACCACAGCCAUUCUGGAAUACACAGAUGCACCACCUUCUAGGCGUGCGGGGACACCUGACUUCCCCAACCUUCCUGCCAACCUCGACAUGAACGCUGCAACGGAGUACACGGCCCAACUUCGGUCUUUGGCAAGCAAGGACCACCCGGUGGACGUGCCGAUGCAUGUCGAUCAUCCCAUGCUCAUCACCAUCGCCAUCAACGUGCUUCCUUGUGCACCCAAUCAGACGUGUGAUGGGCCAAAUGGCAACCGUUUGGCAGCGAGCCUCAACAACGUCAGCUUCCAGAACCCCUCCAUCGACAUCUUGGAUGCUUACUACAGUUCUGUCAAUGGUGUGUUCGAGGCAAGCUUCCCCAACAAGCCUCCUUUCUUCUUCAACUUCACAGACACCGUCGUCCCACCGGAGCUCGAGGUAACAAAGGUCGGUACCAAGGUGAAGAUGCUGAAUUACGGUGACGUCGUGGAGGUGGUGUUCCAAGACACGACCAUCAACGGCGCCGAGACUCACCCCAUGCACUUGCAUGGGUUCGCCUUCUAUGUGGUAGGCAGAGGUUUUGGAAACUAUGACAAGCUCAAGGACCCGGCCACAUACAACUUGAUCGACCCACCGUACCAGAACACAGUCACCGUGCCAAAGGCUGGAUGGACCGCAAUCCGUUGGCGUGCAACAAAUCCUGGUGUGUGGUUCAUGCAUUGCCACUUCGAUCGUCACACUGUGUGGGGAAUGAACACCGUGUUCAUCGUGAAGGAUGGCAAGACUCCCGACACUAAAAUGAUGAAGCGCCCUCCAAGCAUGCCUAGGUGCUAACUGCCGUGAUCCCGUCGAGCCUGGCAUCACCACGCAUCACAACUAAUAAAAUAUGUUGUUGUUGAUUAAUUUAUUCGUUAAGUGUCAUUCCAUCAUUUUAAGCAUAUGUGUUUAAUAAACGGAUCAAUUGAGAUCCUAGUAAGUAGCGAGUUCAUUCUUUUUCCAUUUCAGCUGGGAGAGACAAGAUCUCUUUUCAUCACAUGAUGUAAGGGUCUUUGAUUUGUAUGUCAUAUUUGUUAUUCAAUCUAUGUUUUCUAGUGAUGUUUUAUUACCA